AUGCAGGCCCUUCUCCAGGAGCGCUCCGAAACCACCGCCAGACUCUACGCAGACCCCCACAAUCCGCAUAUUCACUAUGAACGAGGUCUGAUCCACGAGCGAUUGGGGUUCGCUGAUCUCGCUUCCGCCGAUGCCUAUCGCGCUUUGUCGUUACUCGAGUCGGUUGUUGAUCCGGACGGAUGUGAAUUCCAUGCCCGGAAGAGAGUUGGCGAUUCGACAGAUGCGAAGGAGGGGCUGGACGGCAUUGCCGAUAAGGAUGAGGAGGAGACUGAUGAGGAUGAGGACGGUGCCUAUGAGCCUAUAACCCAGGACGAAUAUGAUGCACUCAUUGGUGGGGUGUACACAUUGUUGGUUUCCAGCCUGGUUCGCUGUGGCUGUUUUCGCGAUGCGUUUGAGUUCUGCGAUAGGGGGUUGGCUUUGCUAGAGGGUUCACAGCACGGUAAGCAUGCGGUGGAUGCGCUGCGAGGACAGAUGGAUAUUAUCAAGAAAGUGUUCCUUUCGCGCCGGCCUCAAUCGACCACCGACGAGGCGCAAGUGCAGGUGGACCCGAGUGCCUUGAAAGCCCAGGGCCGCGCCCGUCGAGUUCUCUAUCCCUGGAACGAGCACGAGCCGGAUCGCAAGGCCCCCAAAACACUGCAGCUGCUGAACGACCGACUGCAACACGUUGCGCCUAAAUGCGAGGUCCGCGCCGUCGCGCUCCCCCUGCUACACGGCACCACGGAGGGAGGAGAGGCGCCCCCACCCGACGAGGUCUCCGUGCAACUCGGCCUCUUUGCCAAAGAGGACAUCGCGCCCGGCGAGAUCCUGCUGCAUGAGUCCUCCCUCCUCACGGCCACCAACCGCCUCCACGACGACCUCUGCGACGCCUGCAAUGCGCCCCUGCCUGACCUCGCCGACGAGAACCCCCCCGUCGCCUGCGCCGGGUGCGACGAUACCAUCUUCUGCUCCCAGGCGUGCCACGAUCGCGCCCAGGACGUCUACCACGCCGCCGUCUGCGGCCUCAUGGAUGGUCUCGAAUCCAUCGGCAAGGAUAUCCCCGAUCCCACCGACAAGGCCGAUUACCUGUAUCUGUUACUGGUAGGCCGCGCCAUCGCCAUGGCCGCCACUCAGGACGUGAAUCCCCUCGACCUACCCGAGAUCAAAUACAUCUGGGGCGACUUUCACGACCUCGACUUUUCCUCCACCACAAAUCCCAACUCCAACACCAGCCUCGAAGACGACGAAACCGCCACCCUCCCCUUCUCCUUCCACCUCUCGAUCCUGCAACCGAUGCGCAUCCUCGAGGAAAUGGAACUCGACCCCUACGCCACCCUCCCCCGCUACGACACCUGGAUCCUCAACACCCUGUACGCCAAGUUCCGCGGCACCGCAUCGGGCCGGCUGUCCACGUGGGACGGCGGUCCGGAGCUCUGCGCCGUGCAUCCGCUGUGGUGUCUGGCGAAUCAUUCGUGUGAUCCGAACGUACGGUGGGAAUGGGGUGGGGAGAUUACGUUCCGGGCGAGGACGAGGGAGGAGAGGCCUAUUUGGAAAAGGAAGGGUACCAGGACGGUGGUGGAGGAGGAGGAGGAGGAGGAGGAGGAGGAGGUGAAGAAGGGGACGGGUCCCGAGGUUGAAAGUGAGGGUAUUCGUGCGGACCAGGAGAUCUGGAAUCAUUAUUGUGAUAUUGGGUUGGAUGUUAAGGAGAGGAGGGAGUGGGCGAGGGGGGCGUUGGGUGGGUUGUGUCGGUGUGAGAGGUGUGUUUGGGAGGCUGGGGAGGUUUAG